AUGCCAUUCACUCCCCACGAAUCACCCUCGCCAUCCGAACCAGCCCCAUCUGUAUCCCCAGCCAGCGCUGAGACCCCUGUCGACGCGCCCGGUCCAAUCGCGAUCGAUACUUUUGGCGACGACACCAACAGUGAAUUCGACGAAGAGCUGUCCGAUCUCACCUCCCUGUCGUCGAGCGUGCUCGAGUUUGAGUAUGAAAAUGGUCGGCGGUAUUGCAGUACCCGUUCACGGUGCAGAUGGCUGAUGCUACUGGGAGGGGAGCUCUACAAUGCGCCUAUUACAUCAUCACCACAGAACAUUCUUGACCUAGGAACCGGAACAGGUAUUUGGGCUUUGGAUAUUGCCGAGAAAUUCCCUGGUGCCCACGUCAUUGGGAAUGAUAUCAGCCCUAUCCAGCCCACUUGGGUGGCCCCAAAUAUCGAGUUCAUCGUGGAGGACUUCGAAAGCGAUUGGCAGUAUAAACUAAACCACUUUGACUUUAUCCAUGCACGAUGCCUAGCUGGAUGCGUAACCGACUGGCCUGGGUUUCUCCGCCGGAUCUACUAUCACGUCAAACCCGGCGGCUACUUUGAAUCGCACGAGAGUGCUGUGUGGGCCCGUAGCGACGAUGGCUCCCUCAAGGAAGAUUCUGCGCUCAUGGAAUGGCAGCAGGCCGUCAAUUUCGCCGGCGAGAAGAGCGGCCGAGAGCUGAACAUCUAUCAUAAGCUGAAGAACUGGAUGAUUGAAGCCGGCUUUGAGGAUGUCAGCUUGUCGGUCUACGCGUUGCCCUUCUCGCCAUGGCCGCGCGCUCCCCACCUGAAGGCCUUGGGGAAGUACCAGGCAGUGCAAUUACAGCAAGCCAUCGAUUCGUAUUCGCUGCGCUUGUACACGCAGGUGCUGGGCUGGAACCCGGAUGUGGCCAAGAUUCAUAAUGCGAUGGUCAAGCGGGAGCUGCGGGACAAGAAAUUGCAUGCCUAUGUUCAAACGUACAGUCCAAACCAGCCCCCUUUAUGGCCUGAGUACUUGUACUAA